AUGGAAAAUAAAAAUACUUUACCAAAACAAAAUUCUAAACAUCAAUGUAGUGCAGUAUAUUCAUUUGUAUGGAACUAUUUUCAUCUUGAUGAUAAUAUAACUACCUGUAAUAUACCUGUAGUAAAAAAAAAUAAACAAGAAGCCUGUGGUCAUAAACUUAUAUAUGAAUCAUCAACUUCUAAUAUGCAAUAUCAUCUUCGUGUGGAUUAUAAUAUAAUUGAUAAUACUAAAGUUAAAAAACAAUCUAUUCAACCAAUUGAUACAUAUUUUAAGCAGCCUUAUUUCAAAUCCAAACAGCAAAAAUUGCAACAUGCAGUGGUUGAAUGGAUCGUUUUAGAUAAUUUGUCAUUAAAUAUUAUUCAAGAU